AUGAAGGUGGCGCUGCUCGUAUUAGAGAGCGCCAGCGCGCGCCCUGAAGGCAACACAAAGGGCGGCGGAAAGAAUUCGCUGCUAGAUGACAGCGACUUCAACAACUUGGAACUCGUUGAGAGUUCCGAUGCUCUCAUCGGCGAACAAUUUCUAGAUCGGGAAAGAAGACAAGCUGAGGAAGGGGUAGCGACGGAGGCAGGUGAUGAACCAGAGGCGGCAACACCACCUGUUGAAGUGUCAACGGCUGCAGGCUUGUCUACCGACAGCCCUGUGCCGUCCACUGAAACUGCGGAUGACGUGACAACUCCACACACUUUACUGUCUACUGACAAUUCUGCGUCACCCACCGAAGGCAUCAUUACAAGCACUCAAGAGUCCGUCUUUACCACUGACAGCACUGCCUCAACCACAGAAAGCUCAGACGAAGGUAAGAAGAAAAAGAAGGGGAAGGGGAAGGGAAAGAAGAAAGGAAAAGGUAAGGGAAAGAACAAAAAGAAAAAGAAGCAGAGCAGCGAAGAGAGCGAGUCAAAGGAAUCAAAAGAAUCCAAAGAAUCGAACGAACAAGAACUCUAUAAAGAUGAGAACACCGGAGGCGAGAGGUUUUAG